CAUCUCUUCUCUGCGCGUCUGGCACACUAGCGGUUGCACACAUCUCAUCAGCUGUCUUGCACUCUUUUUGUUCUCUUAUGUAAAACUGAGUCACUGGUUCAAUUCAGUCUAGACACACAGACCCUUCCCCCAGUUACCCAUCUGCCCCUGUCCCGUCAGUCAGUGUGUGCUCGUGUGGGAACACUUGGAGGUAUGUUGAGGGUUCUAGUGUAGUUUGACUCUGGACGUGAGAGGAUCGAGUUGUGAAGUGAAUGUGGUCAUGCAGCUCCAUGCAGGAGAGCUUCAUUCAGCGCCGUGUGUACAGACACAAUGCAGCGCCCAGUUGGAAUUUGUUCAGAUUCUGGUGAUCGUGGUGGUGAUGAUGAUGAUGGUGGUGGUCAUCACGUGUCUGUUGAAUCACUACAGACUGUCUGCUCGAUCGCUCAUGUCUCGGCACGGACGAGCACGCGGACAACACCUGCCCCUGUCGUCGGAGGGCAGUUUGUGGUCAUCAGAUGUUCCAGGAUCAUCCGCGACUGAACAGGCGUAUACUCCUCGACCGCCGGACCGCAUGCCGUCUUACAUUCAGCGUGAGCGUCUGUCUCGCUUCCAGCCCACGUACCCGUACCUGCCACACGCCAUGAUCAACCUGCCCCCGACCAUCUCGCUGUCAGACGGAGAGGAGCCGCCGCCCUAUCAGGGUCCCUGCACACUUCAGCUGAGAGACCCGGAGCAACAGCUGGAGCUGAACCGAGAGUCGGUGCGAGCCCCUCCAAACCGCACCGUCUUCGACAGUCCGCUCAUCGACGCGUCACUGUGCAUGCCCAGCGCCAACGCGGGCAUCAGCAUCGGGCAGCUUGAGUGUGCUCCGCCCGCUUACAGUGAAGUUAUAGGGCACUACUACCACCCCACGUCAUUACAACGACACACGCAGACUCAAUCCAGCGCGGUUGUGCCGCCAGCGGUGCUGGUACAGGGCGUGCUGCAGCCGACACCGCCGCAAAUCACCCGCACGGACAUCAGGAACGCCCGCAACAAACAGAAACACAAAGCACAGCAGGUCUGAGGGCUUCUGCGUGUUGACGUGUGCUACGACGGGGGAAAGCGUGUUAAUAUGUGCGCUAGCGUGAGGGCUAGUUAGCGUCUCGGCACAGUAGCAUCCGCGGACGUGCUUCCUUAAACUCUCGGGUAACUGGCGGAAAGCACGCUUGGAGAAAAAUCACGCCAAAUGCACAACAGGCCCACAGGUUUUCUCUUCCUGUUUUAUUCACUCAAAACCUCCCAGAAGAAACACAAGAGGUGAUAAACUUGAAAUAUUUACACAUCGUGUCGUUCCCGCUCUUAGCUCUCGAUAUACUGACACGGUCCCACAAAGAUGACCGUGAAGAGUUUGGAAUACUGGAAGUCUGCGGUCUUCCCAUUAGAAGUGACUUUUGGUAUCCCAGGGUUCCAGUUUUGGACCAUUUUUGGUUGGUGUGCUGAUGAUUUUGACCCACGCCUUCGUUGUUUAUCAUUUACCACCGGAGUCAGUCGCGAGGCUUCAAAGUGAUUGGCAUUAAAGGUGGCGAUGUGUUUUUAUAUCCAGUGUCGUGCAACACAGGCGUUGUUUUGCUUGAUCGGUCUGCACAAUGUUGAACACUUUAAACUUUGAGACUUUGCAGAACAGCUACACAACAAAGAGUUGAUUCAGUUGUGUUUGGCGUAAGAGAGAGAGUCGCCAACUUGACGUGCGUUUCAGAUUGUGCGUGUAGCGUGCGCAGGUAUAUGCAUUAAUGUAUGCGUGUAUAUAGGCUACUAUAUAUAUACACACACAGUAUGUUCAUACAUGUAUGUGGAAAGCUAAAAAAAACAUAAAAGCACGAUUUUAGAGUUAUUUAUAUUAAUGUCUAAAAUUGCACUAUUUUUGAUAUAACGGUAUGACCAGCGGAGGCGUGUGAACAGUCCACACGUAGCGCGAGUGUCGGAAAGUGAUCGUGUGAAUGAGUCGAGCACCCAAACUCCACAGCGGACCUAUCUGAGGCCUUCACGGCUCCACCGAACCAUCGAAAAUCAACGGAGAGUUCGAGAGGUCGUGUAGAACGAGUUAAACUAGUGUAGUUGAACAGCCCUUGAAUUCCUCUUAUGUAUUUGCCUUAAUUUCUAUUGUAGAUUCUAGAAAUCUGUGUCAUGUAAAUUCACAAUCAUUGAUGUGUAGGACUGGAGAUUUCUUCUCACUUCCUGUCUCUUUAAAGCACUUUACAGACUGAAGGAGGGAAAACAAUCGACACCUGCAGCCGCUCGAUUCCUCGAGAGGGAAACUAAAGAAACGGGAGUUAAUAUGCAACUGUUCCCUCAUCGGCUGAGCUCGUGUCACGUGUGUGUGUGUGUGUGUGUGUGUGUGUGUGUGUGUGUGUGUGUGUGUGUGUGUGUGUGUGUGUGUGUGCGGAGAGAGAUCGUUUGUCUCACAAUCUCAUUCAAUAGUGACUCGUGGUCGUCUCUCAGUGAACGCCCCUGACUCUGCCGUGUUCUGAUCGCUGAGGGAAUGUCGGGUUUGGCCGUGUUGGUUUUUCCUCUCGGGGAAACGAUGCUGACGGGAAUUCUGCUCAUGUGACCCCUUCUGAAAGAACGGCGUUUUCCUUCACCGGAACGUUCCGAAGACGCUCUCUGUUGCGGCAUACGUUGGGAAAAUGUUAAUGGAGGUUUCAAAUGGAAACCGAUUCGUGUGGGUGUGGCCUCAGAAUAACAGACGUUUCCAAAGUGUAUUUUUAAUGGAGUUGUAAUGAAAAUGACGUCAUUAUUUACUCACUCAUGUCGUUCCAAAACGACCAGCAAAUGUGUCUCCUGUGAUCCACAGACGAGACCGAGUCAUACGUGUUUGGAACAACAUGAGUGUAAAUGAUUUCAGAUUUUCCUUUAAGCUCGGGCUUGAAACCGAGUGUUCAUUUGGAAGAAAGGGUUAACUAGUUAGCUGUGCCCAUUGGUUAACUAACUCUCUCCAGAUGGGCAUGAGGUCUUCCCUUUACAGAGAUGCCCCAAUUUGUACCCGCUGAAGUGCCAGUGUUGCCUGAUCCCUCAGUCACAUGACCUGGCACCAGUCAGCCAAUCAGGUGGCGUUUGACAGGAAGUGAUGUAGUAUGGAUGAGGAUAAUAAGUUAGAUUAGUGGAGAGAGUUGCAAUAUACCGACUGUUUGCCUUUUGAUAAUGUAGUUGUUUUAGCUAAACUAGUUGUUUUUGUUUUUUCUCUGAAAGGUCAUUUUGUGUUUGUUCACACUCUUUAAACAAAUGCCAGAUUUAUAUGAUUUUUAUGCAUCCAGAUAAUGUUUAAUAAACCCCUCUCUCAUUACAGAGAACAUAUAACCAUGUGUCACACUUGUGUGCCUUUGAGUCGCCAGUAAAUGUCUGUGCGCGCGUCUGUGUGCGGGCGCGUGUCUGUGUGCGCGCGUGUGUAUGCGUGCACGUGCGUGUCUGUGUGUGCGUGCGUGUGUAUGCACGUGCGUGUGUGUGUGUGUCUGCGUGCACGUACGUAUCUGUGCGUGUGUAUGUGUGCGCGUGCGUGUGUAUGUGUGUGCGUGUGUAUGUGUGCGCGUGCAUAUCUGUGUGUGUGCGUGUGUGUCUGUGUGCGUGCGUGUGUAUGUGUGUGCGUGCGUGUGUAUGCGUGCACGUGCGUGUCUGUGUGUGCGUGCGCGCGCGUGUGUCUGCGUGCACGUGCGUAUCUGUGUGUGUGCGUGUGUAUGUGUGCGCGUGCACGUGCAUAUCUGUCUGUGCGUGUGUGUCUGUGUGCGUGCGUGUGUAUGUGUGCACGUGCAUAUCCGUGUGUUACUGUGUAUGUGUGCGUGCGUGUGUGUGUGUGUGUGUGUCUGUGUGUGUGUGUGCGCGCGUGCGUGUGUGUCUGUGUGUGUGUGCGCGUGUGUGUGUGUGCGUGCGUGUGUGUGAGCGGUGUGUUUAAUGCGAUUACUCUCCAUUCUGUUGCCUUCUCAUUUCAAACUCUCCCCAACAACAUUGCAUCAGUUCUUUAAAAGAUAUUUUGAUUGAUUGCAGUUUUGAUUUUGUCACGUUUUAAGCACAAUAUGUAACCAAACAUUGUAACUCUAUAUAAAGAGACAUCUUUAUAUCACAUCAUAUUAAUGUUGCUUUCAGUUUGUGUUUCACAGAUCACAUGAUCAGUCACUGAACCGCUUGAGAUGAUUUGCUCAGUCCGACUGUGAAAGGCAAGUUUUUGGAUGACUAAAGGUGCGUUCACAUACAACACGUAUAAACAUUUCGCCUCGCAUUGCUCGUGCGAGUUUGACCGCGGGAUUAAAUUUGUGUUUAAACUCGCGUUCGAGUAUUCCCCCGUCUCUUCCGGAAAAGGAUAGGAGGCGGGGCUUCUACGACAACUUCUCUUUCCGCCAGCCACCAUCACAACGAUUGCUGCUCUGUAUCUGUUGUCCCAGAUAUGUUGACGUUGUGUCGUACAAUUCCGGGUGUCCACACACCGCUACAACCAUUUUCUCGUCCAUUUUUCCAGAUUUCUUCUGCUACUACGUCAGUGACAUCCGGACAAUCUCAGCGCUGACAGGCUUUCACGACACGCGAAUGAAGUGAUUUUGCAUUUUCGCUUCAUUCCCUCCGCCCGCCACAAAUUCACCUCUAUUCGUGAGGUAUGUGAACGCACCAUUAGAGCGCAUUGGGAAUUGGGGAGACAAUGGGAGGAAAAAAAAAAUACUAUAAAAGUUGUAAAGUUCCAGAUUUCUUCUGCUAGUACGUCAGUGACAUCCGGACAAUCUCAGCGCUGACAGGCUUUCGUGACGACCCGCCAUGCGGAUUUCUCCCAAAAAAUACGCGAAUUAUGCGAUUUUGCAUUUUCGCCUUGCGCCAUUCGCUUCAUCCGCAUCUUUGCGUUGAGUUUGUAUGUAAUCGUGCCGUGCGAAACGCUCGAUUCCUGUUGUGUGUGAACGCACAAGAACUCAUCAGAUAACUGUUAAUCAGAUAACUGAAGGUCUUCCGUGUAAACGAGGCAUUUCCAAAGAAGGACUUUUCUCGACACCCUUUUCUGCGGUUGAAAGGGGUCACAUGACUUGAUCGGAGCUCGUAUGUUGCACAUUGUUUAGAGGAUGCGGGUGAACAUUUCUCUACAGUACUUCAGAGUUUGUGACGCAUCUGCAGUGAAAUCUUUAAUCUGAUUUUCUGUUGCAUCACUUGAGAUAUUUGCAUGUUUCCCGCUGACAUGUGAUGCAGUAACCGCAGAUUAUAAAUGCCUGUUAACAAUGACCGCUUACAUGUAACUGUUUAGUUUAUUUAUAUCUGAUCAUGUCACUGGGUUUGUGUCUUUGUUGCAGUGUGAGCAGAGGACGGCGACACAUUUAUACAAUCUGAUACAUUUCUAUUAGCUGCCAAUUAAACAUUUUACUAAAGAA